CUGGCGUGUGUCGGCUGUAGAGCAGACUCGACCUGCCCAACGGAGACUGAACCAACGCACGUUCUUAUACUCCGAUGACAGUUCGGUGAUAACAAGUGAUAUAGCUGAUCAGUGGGACUUGCUCACUUCUGCGUGACUAUCGUAGGAUAUCUUUCACACUGGUUACGAUUUGAUCUAAACAUAAAGGCGCUGUGAUUUUGCAUAUUUUUCCAACGUCUCCAAAAGGAUAUACCUUUUCAAUAAUUUAAUCCAAAAUGCCAGCCGAAACCAUGGAGAAGCAAACGGCAUCCCCUAUUGCUGGUGCCCCUGCAAAUGGAUCCCAUACUCCAGACAAACCCAAGAAUGCCAGCGAGCAUAGAAAGGUAGGCUAAACUUCUAUAACUGCCGAUGGAUUUAAAAUGAAUCUGAUAUAUUCAGCAUACGCCACCUGGGCUAACGUUGUUGCUAAUUAAAAUGUACUGUAGUAGGCUAACCACAUUUUACUUGUGGGAUAAAAGAAAGGCUUACACUCGGACCUAUCAAUGAACAUGCAAUUAAUAUAAAGCAUUUAUUUUGCAGUCCUCAAAGCCCAUCAUGGAGAAACGUCGGAGAGCGAGGAUAAACGAAAGCCUUGGCCAACUCAAGACACUCAUCCUCGAUGCACUUAAAAAAGAUGUAAGUCUAAGUGAUUUAACAAUUAAAAAUCACUGUUAUGUUCAUUUUUUCUGGCAUUUAAUUUUGUAUCAAUGCACACUCUUGACCUUUUGCCAUGUUGUUAUCCACAGAGUUCAAGACAUUCAAAAUUGGAGAAAGCCGAUAUUCUGGAGAUGACAGUGAAGCAUUUACGAAAUUUACAGCGUGUGCAGAUGACUGGUAAAUUAAAUUGCAAAUAUCUAAUUUGACAACAUCUGCCCAACACUUUAUUUAGAAUUGUUAUAUAUUUCCAUCGAAUAUACACGAUUUCUAAUGUUCUCUCUUGUCUCCGCAGCGCUGUCAGCAGACACUACCGUCCUCAGUAAAUACCGGGCGGGAUUCAACGAAUGCAUGAACGAGGUCACUCGCUUCUUGUCAACCAGCGAGGGGGUGAACACGGAGGUGAGGUCGCGGCUUCUCAACCACCUGUCUGGCUGCUUAGGGCAGUUGAUCGCCAUGAACUACCCCCAGCCAACCCCAACUCAACAGGCUCACCUCGCGCAGCCCCUUCACGUGCAGCUACCCUCUACCUUGCCCAACAGUGCCUCUAUGGGUUCCAAACUCAGCCCCACCGAAGCCAUGUCACCUAAAGUCUUCGGCGGGUUCCAGCUUGUGCCCGCCACCGAUGGACAGUUUGCUUUCCUGAUUCCCAACCCUGCUUUCGCCUCAGCAUCAACACCAGUCAUCCCUCUGUAUGCUAACGCAGGUGUGCCUCUGACAGUCAACGCCAGCCCCGUCCACGGCAGCUCUGCGCCAAUAGUGGGAUCCCCUGUACAUGGGAUGACAUCAUUCAUCGGUGUGCCUCAGGCCGUCAGCCCUGUCGGUGUCUGCACUGGUUCGGAGAGCACUGAGCCUGUUUGGCGACCCUGGUAGUUUGGUUGAAAUGGACACUACAAUAAUGAAGGUUAUUUUUAUGAAGUAAAUAGUUCCGUUCUAGGGGACAUAAUUUCCUUUGUUGGACAUGGUAAAAGUUUGUUUAUUUAUUGGCUGAUUCCAACAUUUGGAUGUUGGUGAUAAAUAUUGUGUCCAUGCAAUGGAAGAUUUAUUCAAAUGUUUGUGAUGAAGUACUUUUUAUGGAACGAUUUAGUUUUGUACAAAGUUGAUAUUGAUUGUUAUACCAAAGCUGUGUGUUUUUAUAUUGUUUGUCGUUUUAUGUUUGGAAAUUUAAGUUGGGCAAUGGCCCAUUGACCUAAUAAAUCAGUUUGAAUAAUUCAGAAAUUAAUAA